UUUUGCGCUUCCUCUGCUUGCCGGAUUAGGCAGCGGGAUGGUCCCCAGGUGGGGGGCAGAGGAGGAAGCGGAGCGGCGCUGAGCCGCGCAGGGAGGGAGGGGGCCGGACCAGGGCCGGGGCCGGGGCUGGGCCGGUCCAUCCCGCCUAGUGCCUGGCUCCGGCGGAAAGCAGAGGAGCCAUUGCGCAAGGGACCGUGGGGAGGGAUGCGCAGGGCGCUGCCGCCGCCCCGCCGCCGCCCGCCGCGCUGAGGAGGUGCCCGGAGGACAGCGGCUCCCACCGCACCCCCCGCUCUCCCCCUUCAGGGCACCCCCCGCCCCGGUACCCACCCCGCCCGGCUCCCCCCCUUCCCUCCCAGCCUCACCCCACCCUGCCCCAUUCCCCUCCCUCCGCCAGAUGACCACCGAGAGCGGGCAGCAGCGGCUGGAGCCCCCCGUCCCUCUCCGCUCCUGCAGCCCGGCUCCCGGAGCUCUCCAGAUGAGCCGGCCGCCCUCCUCCGCCCUGGAGACCUCCACCUCCUCUUCCUCCACCUCCACCUCCUCCUCCUCCUCGGCGGCGGCGGCGUCCUCCAAGAGCAAGAAGGCCAGCUCGGGGCUGCGGCGUCCCGAGAAGCCUCCCUACUCCUACAUCGCCCUCAUCGUCAUGGCCAUCCAGAGCUCGCCCUCCAAGCGCCUAACCCUCAGCGAGAUCUACCAGUUCCUGCAGGCCCGCUUCCCCUUCUUUCGCGGCUCCUACCAGGGCUGGAAGAACUCCGUGCGCCACAACCUCUCUCUCAACGAGUGCUUCAUCAAGCUGCCCAAGGGUCUGGGCCGCCCGGGCAAGGGCCACUACUGGACCAUCGACCCGGCCAGCGAGUUCAUGUUCGAGGAGGGCUCCUUCCGACGGCGGCCCCGCGGCUUCAGGAGGAAAUGCCAGGCGCUGAAGCCCAUGUACCGCAUGAUGAACGGGCUGGGCUUCGGCGCCUCCAUCCUCCCGCAGGGCUUCGACUUCCAGGCGCCCCCCGCCUCCCUCGCCUGCCACUCCAACGGCUACAACCUCGACAUGAUGCCCAACGCCAUGGCCAGCGGCUACGAGGGACUCAGCGGCGGCCACCACGUCCCACACAUGUCUCCCAACCCCGGCUCGACCUACAUGGCCAGCUGCCCGGUGACUGCCAACGGGGACUACGGCCCCGACAGCAGCAGCAGCCCCGUGCCCUCCUCGCCGGCCAUGGCGAGCGCCAUCGAGUGCCACUCGCCUUACACGAGCCCUUCGGCUCACUGGACAGCCUCGGGGGCCUCGCCCUACAUAAAGCAGCAGGGCCUCCCCGCCGCCAACGCCGCCUCCUCCGGCAUCCACUCCAGCGUGCCCUCCUACUCCCUGGAGCAGGGAUACCUGCACCAGAGCCCCCGCGACGACCUCUCAGUGGGACUGCCUCGCUACCAGCAUCAUCCCUCCCCGGUGUGUGACAGGAAAGAUUUUGUCCUCAAUUUUAAUGGCAUUUCUUCGUUUCACCCGUCUGCUAGUGGAUCUUACUACCACCAUCACCACCACCAAAGCGUCUGUCAAGACAUCAAGCCCUGCGUGAUGUGAAGGUCGCGCCCCAACAGAGACAAUCAGGUGUCACUGAACAGAGCCGAGGUGUAGACGGACCCACGCAGAUUAAAUAUAAUGUGCACUCUGAUAGCAUUGGUAGUACACGAGUCACUUAGCAAAUGUGCCCAAGGAAGCAGUGUUUUCGGUCCCACUCCACCCCCUGAAGGACACGUACAGCCGAUAUAGUGCUCCAAAGGUCUUACUAAGAGAAAAAUGUCUUGCGUGAUGUUUCGGCUUAGGGGGGAUCUAAGUGUCCUUGUGCCAAGUCUGACCACCUUAAUCACAAACCACUUUUCUGCAAUCUCCCAAAGAACCGAGCUUUGGGAAAGGGAACAAUUCGACAUAUUUUGAUACGAGAAAGUGUCUUUGCAUAGGAAAAGUAAAUGUCUCCGCACCUGCGAGGACUCUCCCUUGUUACUGCGUUAGCGGGAAAUGUACUUUUUUACUGUGUUCUCUCUCCGAGCCCCACCAAGGACACUUUGUAUGGACUUCAGCACCGACCAAUUGAUAUUAUUAAAACAGUAUUGUUUAGCCCUUUCGUGUAUAGACUGUAAGAAAAGUUCCAUUUUUUCCAGUAUUGCAGCAAUACAAUAUUUUGUUUUUUAUUUUUACAAAAGUUGUUUUCUACCACAAUAUUUUUUAAAAAUUUAUUUUAAAUAAAUCUCGUGUAUACUCACACACUAUUGCUUUAAAAGGAGAAUAUAUUUGCACUUAUGUAUACUUUUUACAGUUUGCCAAAAUAUUUUGAUGUAAAAAUUUUUUUUUCCAAUAAAAUGUAUAG